GAUACAAUUAUUUCCAUUUAUUUGCAGUAUUACUUCAUUUAUUGUUUAGAUUGCUUUGCGUUAGUGUAGGCAUCAGUUCGUUUCGGUAGUGAAAACGAGAAAGAAAACUACGCUGUUAAAAACAUUUGAUUGAAAUUAAUUUCGAAGCAAUUUAUAUCGAAAUCGACAUUUUUUUUAAAUCGAAUAAUUCAGGUUUUCAUUUAGUUUAGUUGAAACCAUUUACUGCGACAGACUGUGUGUGCGUUUAUAUUUUUUUAUGAAGAAAAGUACUAUUGUUUUUUCUUCUCUCAUUCCUGCGUUGAGUCAAUCUGUCAUUACCCACAGUGUAUGAAAAGUUUCUAGAAGAUUCGAUCAAUGAAAACAAAUUGAAAACUAUUUGAUAGUGAAAGAAAAUUCAAUAAAUAUACGACCUUAGUUAAAAUUUGGCGAUAGUAAAAUGGUUUAGCAUUCCGUGUCAAAAAAAAAACACAUCCAUUUUGAAGGCAAACAUUUUGAUUGAAGUGUAUAUGUGUGUAUAUAUAUAAUAUACGUGUCUUGUGUGAAGAGUUAAAAAAGAAACGAUAGAAAAAUAAGAGAACCGAAAUGAUGUCGCCGGCCUAUCUGUUCGGAGUCGCAAUAUUUUUGAUUCUAUUUCGGCUGUUGAAUGUAAACUAUCAACCAAUCAAACCGUAUAUAGCAUGCUUUGAUGAAUCAUUUUUGGAUUGUAUCUACAAAUAUGCGCCCAUUCUGCGAGAUCCAUACGUUCCAACGCUUUGGGGCUAUUCUGGUCAUUUGCAAACAGUAUUUCAUAGUAUAGUUGGUCGUGUAAAAUGUCCAUGGCCAUCAGGCGAUCGAAUUUAUUUGACGCUCAACGACAAUUCAACACUCACGUACGACCUGUACCAACCAUUGAACGAACCACAAGAUGAUGUGACAGUGGCAAUUUGCCCUGGGAUUGGAAACACAUCAGAAACCGUGUACAUUCGAACAUUUGUUCAUUUGGCACAAUCGAUGGGUUAUAGAUGCGCGGUGCUUAAUCAUAUUGGGGCAUUAGCAACAGUUGAAGUAACAUCCAGUCGGAUAUUCUCAUAUGGACAUACCGGAGAUUAUGCUGAAAUGGUGAAGCAUUUGGAGCAAAAGUAUCCGUCAUCGUACAUUGUUGCGGUUGGUUUUAGUCUUGGUGGCAAUAUCGUAACUAAAUACAUGGGCGAAGAGCAGGGCAAAAUUCCGCGAAAUAUCAUCGGUGGCAUCAGUAUAUGUCAAGGAUACAAUGCUGUCGAAGGCACGCAACAUUUAAUGAAUUGGGAAAACUUCCGACGAUUGUAUUUAUAUGUAAUGACCGAGAAUGUGAAGCAAAUCAUACGCAAACAUCGACAUGUCUUAUUGUCCGAAGAUGUUAAAAAGAAGUACGAUAUUAAAGAAUCUGAUAUUUCGUAUGCUUUAACACUACCAGAUUUGGAUGAAGUGUAUACACGAAAAAUUCAUAACUUCCCGUCGGUCAACGAUUUGUAUCAAUGGAGUUCUUCACUUAAUUAUUUACAGUACAUUAAGAAACCAAUGGUGUUCAUUAAUUCAAAAGACGACCCGCUCAUUCCGGAGAGUUUGCUUGAACCGAUCAAAGAGCAUGCAAGUAAACACCCAAAUACACUCUAUGUAGAGGUGGCCCAUGGUGGACAUUUAGGUUUCUAUGAAGGCGGCUACAUCUAUCCAAAUCCAAUAACAUGGUUAGAUAGAGCGACCAUAGCAAUCAUCGGAGGCAUUGUUCUUUCGAACAAAAAUCGUUUGAUGCAUAAAGUUGAAAUCGAUUAAGUGACCGAUUCGGUGCCAAUUCGGUGCAUUUUGACGUUCGUUUCAAACGACGCAUUUACAUUUUAAUUCUUCUAAGCCGAAUGACAUCCGUUUGAUUUACAACAAAAACAGCAAUUGUCAAUCCAAAUACGAGUAUGAAAGCCAAAUACAAAAACCCAUAUGGAACCAUUGAAUUUUUGAAAGAUCCUUCACUAAACUAAUAUAUGAACAACCCAUCAGUUCAAGUCAUCUCAUCAUCUUCAUUUAUCAUCGGUUCACGUGUCACAGUCACCGCCGCGCUCGUUCAUUUCGUCCAAGUAUUUACCAAUGUGUAUAUCAGCGCUCAAACAUCGUGAUGGGAUCGUGGUUUUUUUUUACUUAAUAUCUUAACCGCGAUGCGAAAACAUAUUUGAAUUUUACGAUACUUAUUUAUAUUCUAAACAAAGAAAAAAAAAA